GCGCUUUAGCGUUCUGGGGAAUGUAGUCCGGGAGACGAGCAAGAGCGAGGCAGCUUCCACUGAGGCAUUCUGGGAAUUGUAGUUCCGGGACCAGCGGCGGCCGAGAUCGCUUCCGCUCCUGCAAGGCGAGGCUGCCUGGUGGCGGUUCUGGUGAGCAGAGAUCCUGGAGCUUCCUGUGGCCCAUCUUCUGUGAUCGUGCCCCCGGAGUCCCCCGCAGGGACCGAGGCUGCGGCCUGCGGGGAAGCGGGGCUGCAGCCGGGGCCUCUCUCGCUGGACUCCGCCAGAGGCGGCGCUGCCAGGGAUUCCUGGACGGUGCAUCGCAGCUGCUCGCCGAGCCAGAAUCUCCCGCGGGAGCCCGGGAGAGCAGCUGUGAUGACAGAUGGCCUGACGACCUAAGCGGUAUGCGACUCAGGCUUUUAAAUGCAAUACUUUGGCCUUUAUUCACUUGGACAGGGGGGCGUGCCAGCGUGUGUACGGUGGAGGUCAGAAGGCAACUUGUGGGAGUCGGGUCUCUCCGUCCUCCGUGUGGGGUCCAGAGACUUGAGCCAAGGAGGUCAGACUCCGCGGCAGUCACCCCUACCCCCUGAGACAUCUCACCGGCCCAAACUCCUUUUCCUUGGAGAGGGUUUUAGAUUUCUAUCGGUUAUUACUUUAACGCGCACGGGAAAAGAGACUUCGUGGAGGCUCUUGCAGAUGAGCAAUGACUGCUAGUAAUUAAAGCUUUUGGAGCGGGAGUCAUAGGGUGAUACAAUUCAACUCCCACGGUUGGAGACAAUUAUGUUUAGAUAGCCGAUGACAAUGAACGGACCUUCUGAGCGUGAUGGUGACUCACGACACAGCGUUCGUCGGUUGUGAGCAGUGAAAUUAAGAGCGCCCGCCGCAGCCCCGAAGCUGCAGGACACAGAGAAUGUGGGCUUUGCCCUAACCUUGCGUCCCAGAGCCCGGCCUUGACCCAGAGAGAAGAAGAGAACAAUGACCAAGUUUCAGGAGGCGGUGACGUUCAGGGACGUGGCCGUGGUCUUCAGUGAGGAGGAGCUGGGGCUGCUGGACGCUGCCCAGAGGAAGCUGUACCGUGACGUGAUGCUGGAGACCUUCAGGAACCUUCUGUCAGUGGGAGGCCAGGGUCCAAACCAGAUGGAGACGCUUCACGCAUCAGGGUUAAGGUGCCUCUUACAGGGGCAGUUUCCAUGCUGGCAGAUGACGAGCCAUGAUGUCAACGAAGUCUCCAGAACGCCGGGUGCCAGGGCAAACACUCAAGGAAAGGGUUCUCCCCGGGCCUCCAUGGGUGACGGCUGUCUUGAGAGUGUCCCAGGAGGCCGUGCCAGCGUGGCUGAAAACCAGGAGUGCCUGUCUGGGAGAGCUCAGGGCUCUUGGAGCAAAACCCGUCUGUCACCGAGCCAUGGGAGUAACUGUCAGCGGACUCGGGGGAAACCCGAGCCACAGCCGAAGUCUCCAGGCGUUGACAUCCCGAGUUGCAUUUCCCAGCGUGAUGGUGACGAAGGAGACGAAGCCCACGGCCGUGGUGACGACUGCAGGAAAGCCAGUUCUGCGGUGUUGCCGCGUCGUGUUUGCACAGGACAGAUGUCCUGCCAGGGCAGCCAGGGCGCGGAAGCCUCCAGUGACAGCCCCAGCCGGGGCCUCCAUCAUCACCAUCACCAGCAGCAGCAGCAGCAGCAGGCCCCCUUAGGAAGCAAGUCCCCCGCGCACCGCGCACAGGAGGACACUGAGCACAGCCCCACUGUCCCCCUCCCGGGGAAGAAACGCUAUUGGUGUGACGCCUGCGGCAAGGGCUUCAGCCAGAGCUCCAACCUGCAGACGCACCAGAGGGUGCACACCGGGGAGAAGCCGUACACGUGCGCCCAGUGCGGGAAGAGUUUCAACCAGAGCUCGCACCUGUCCGCGCAUGCGCCCGUCCACACCGGCGAGAAGCCCUACCGCUGCGAGCGCUGCGGCAAAGGCUUCAGCCGCAGCACCGACCUCAACAUCCACGGGCGCGUGCACACCGGCGAGAAGCCUUACCGGUGCCGGGCGUGCGGCAGGGGCUUCGCUCAGCGCUCGCACCUGCAGGCGCACGAGAGGACCCACACCGGGGAGAAGCCGUACGCGUGCGGGGCCUGCGGCAAGCGCUUCAGCUGCAGCUCGAACCUGCACACCCACCAGAGGGUGCACACCGAGGAGAAGCCGUACGCGUGCGGGGACUGCGGCAAGCGCUUCAGCCUGAGCUUCAACCUGCACAGCCACCGGCGCGUGCACACCGGGGAGAAGCCGUACGCGUGCCCCGAGUGCGGCAAGGGCUUCGGCUCGGCCUCGAGCUUCCAGAGCCACCGGCGGGUCCACACCGGGGAGAGGCCGUUCCGCUGCGCUGUGUGCGGCAAGGGCUUCAGCCAGAGCUCGUACUUCCAAGCCCACCAGCGGGUGCACACCGGCGAGAAGCCGUACGCGUGCGGGGUGUGCGGGAAGCGCUUCAACUGGAGCCUGAACCUCCACAAUCACCAGCGCGUGCACACCGGGGAGAAGCCCUACGUGUGUGAGGCGUGCGGCAAGGGCUUCAGCCAGGCCUCGAACCUGCAGGCGCACCAGAGCGUGCACACCGGCGAGAGGCCGUUCAGAUGCGCCGCGUGCCCCAAGCGCUUCAGCCAGGCCUCCCACCUGCAGGCCCACCAGCGGGUGCACACCGGGGAGAGGCCCUACGCGUGCCCCACUUGCGGGAAGGCCUUCAGCCAGAGAUCCAACCUCCAGGUCCAUCAGAUCGUGCACACCGGGGAGAAGCCGUUCAAGUGUGAGGAGUGCGGCAAGGAGUUCAGCUGGAGCGCGGGGCUCAGCGCCCACCAGAGGGUCCACACGGGCGAGAAGCCCUACACGUGCCAGCAGUGCGGCAAGCGCUUCAGCCAGGCCUCGCACUUCCACACGCACCAGCGGGUGCACACCGGGGAGAGGCCCUACAUCUGCAGCGUCUGCUCCAAGGCCUUCAGCCAGAGGUCGCAUCUGGUCUACCACCAGCGCGUCCAUACCGCGGGGAAUCCGUAGCAGCUUUGUGUCGCCAACUGGCCGGGGACAACACCCCCCCCCACACCUCCCACACCCCGUCUCAGAGCCUUCGGGGACUUUUCACAGGGGAGGUGCGCCUCCGUUUGCAGAGAUGGAUUCUUUACGAAUGUUGCAAGUCCCGGAUGAGAGGACGGUUGCUCUGUACAGUCACCGCUUAGCAAAGAGUUGUCACCCUCAGGGGACACACAGCAGGGAAACCUCAGCGUCCAUCCAGGUCUUGGCUGAGAGGCCACGGGGAGGGCUUUAACGGAAGUGGGAGAGGCCGGCGAGUGUUGACAAGCGUCACUUCCUCGGAGGAAACGCUCCUCUGUAUUCUACUAUGCAGAGCUGGGUGUGGCCCAGGCCGCCCACCAUUCCUGACGCUGAGAAGGGUAUAUGAGUAAGGCUCGUAUUUGAAUGCUAGCCAGUCCCCAACCCUGCGCUCGUACUGCUUCAUAUUCAUCAGUGACCCCAUAAGGAGCCUUAAAUCAUCUCCCGGAUGCACGGGCUUCCCACUCCCUCUGUAGUGUGUGGCCUGCCCCUUCCGGCCAGGGAGCUUUGUACAACAUAGCUAGCAUCUCUGUACUCUAUGGCUCUUAAUAUUUGUACUGUAUAGACUAGAAAGAUGCUUUUUUAAAAAAUCUGUAUUUAUGAGACUAGCAACAUGAACCGAAAUGUAUUCCACUGGAAUUUUGUGGCCCUGAGUUCACUGGGACAGGGUUUUUACUGUAACCAACACCGCAGAUGUUUUUACAAAGUACAGGUGACAAAAAGGCUUAAGUAGUUGCUCCCUGCGCCCCCCCCCCCGUCCUUCCCUGCACCGUCUUGCUGAGCUUCUUGCCCCGUGGUUUAGACUGAUUUGUGCUGCUCCCACAUUUGUAUCACAUAUAAAGGACAGUUACUUCGUA